AUACUUUAAUGUUUUUGGAACCACAAUGGGCUUCAAAGUUUUUCAAAUGAAUGUAGGUGUCUUAGCAGUAUUGAUAAGCUAAAUUCACUCAGCUCAUUUGAAAAGACAUUUGAAAUUGUGCAUAUCAUUUCUCUAACAGGAAAAAAAAAUGCACUGGUCCUCAAGUUUAGUUAAAUAAUUUAGAAUCAUGGGAUAUCUUGAUGCUCUUUUCACUGACUCAGGCACUGGCCAAAGCCGGUGAAAAUCGAUGCAUGGCCUCUAGCAAAAUCGAGGAUCAAGAGUACGGUAGUUCAGAGCUAAGCGGGUGCACAGAUCAAAUACAAAAUGAUCUCUCAAGCACACAUAACUAAUCAAACGUUUUGUUUGUCUGGCAUUUUCUGGUUGAUUGUUUCUGUUUACAGUCUCAACAGGAUUCUAAUGCCAAACAUCUGCUUUCUGACCGUACUCUUCAUGCACAGACAGGCACAGUCAGCUGCUAUUGCAAAUAAGCCACAAGUACAUGUUUUAUUAUAUUUAAGCUUGAUCAUUUAGACAGUAUCAGACUUCUACGCACUAGCCACAUAAAUAUUGGAUGUGGAAUUAAUUGUGCUUUAUAUUUAUGUGCAACUCGAUCAGGUUAAGAAACAUUCACGUUUCACUCGAACAUUACGCUGAACUGGGCACAUUCUAUAAGAUGAACAGUCGAACAUAAUGUCUAGAAGAAGUCGCUUGGCCUAUUUCAAGGCCAAGCGAAGUGACCUUUACAACGUGGCAUUUAUCUUGAUUUUCUUUCAUGCAUGAUGAUGUUAUCGUCACCUGGACAUUUGAGUUCGAGGAUUUGACAGCUUGUCGUUUGGCACGUACAGACUGAUGUAAGGUGCAUUUGAUUUGGCAAUAUAGGCGAAGGACAAAGCAGCUGAGAAAAGCAUUACAAACAAACUCCUGCCUGUACUUCACUAGACAAAUGUUCGAAUGAGAUUCUUACCCCGCGAAUUCCAGGAUUUGCAGGUCAAAAUAUCGGAAUACGAAUUGAAGACUUGGGAAGUAGAAGUGACAACAGUAGCUCUGGAGAACAUGAGCAACCGCGCAGGAACCAGAGAAAGAGGCAUGUUCUCGUUAUCGGUGGGGGAGUCAGUGGGUUGACCACUGCAUGGAAGCUGCUGGAGGCGAAUUUCAGAGUGACGGUGUUGGCGAAAGACUAUGCUCCAGCCACCCCUCGGAUCGUGUCAGAAGUCGCGGGUGCUUUGUGGGAAUGGCCACCUGCUGUUUGCGGCAAGCACUCAGACGCCACAUCACUGGAGCGAUCCAAGAAAUGGAGCAUGGUGUCCUACAACAUCUUCUCACAAAUGGCCGAGGACCCCGAGCUGGCCCGAGCCACAGGCGUCAGAAUGAGAGUGGCCACCUUCUUUUUCCAGAAACCGAUCUCCGAGGACCCUGAGACUUACAACAAGGUUCAGGAGUUGAAAAACUCUGGAGUAAAAUGCGUGAGACAUGGUUUCGAGUUGAUCGAAGAAGAGCUCGGUCGAGGAGCUCACUCUGAACUGAAAGACGCGUACCAGCAUCUUGCACCAGUCAUCGACACUGACCAGUACAUGGUGUGGCUGACCGGCCGUGUGGUGAGUCUAGGGGCCGAGCUCCGUCAUGCAGAAAUUACGCACCGCCUCCUGGACAUAGAGGCCGACCUUCUGCAUCAGUUCAAAGCAGAUGCAAUUGUCAACUGCACGGGAUUGGGAGCCAUGGUGACGGCUGCAGAUGAUAACGUGUACCCGUUGAGAGGUUGUCUAAUUCGGGUGAAGAACGAUGGUUUCAGCAUGCCCAAGGUCACCAAGGCGCUCUGCGUGCCUCAUGAUGAUUCGAAGGCUGACAUGGGGAACUCUGAGGACCUGGUGUUCAUCGUUCCCAGGAGUGAGAAGGUUCUCCUUUUGGGUGGUUCGGUUGAGCCCCAUGAAUGGGGGCUUGACCUCAACCUCGACAACUCGGCUCUCGUACGAACCAUGCUGGACAGAUGCGUCAACUUCUUACCGGCCCUAAAGAACGCGGAGCUGAUCGAUGAUUUCCCAGUCGCAGUGGGCCUUCGGCCAUUUCGCAAAGGGAAUGUGCGUCUCGGAGCAGCUGGUGGCUCAUCUAAUAAUAAGCUGAGUAUACGAGCCGGAUCGAGAAUUGUUCACAACUACGGCCACGGUGGAUCAGGCUUCACCCUUUCUCAUGGAUGUGCAGAGGAGGUGGUGCAGAUUGUACAGAGAAUGCUUGAGAGUCACAGAGAUACUCAUUGUGACUCUUGCACACAGUCAACGAUGCUGGGAGUUCAAGUGGAGUCACAAAGAUACUCCAUGUGAUUCUUGCAGACAAUCAACGAUGCUGGGAGGUCAAGCGAGUCGACUCACAGACUACAUGCUUCCUGACAUUAUUCCACUUUCUAGGACAUACUCGCAAGAGUGGCGUGUCCGAGCGGAGGCCAUUUGCUGGACUUUCAUGAGUCCAGGCACGAGUUCUUGAGGUGCUAGUUUUGCUGCUCGUCUGGACCAGACAUAUCUCACAUCCUCAGCGGAAUGCAAUCUACGCCUGCAAGAUAGAUAGACACUUUUAAUUACGAUCUUUCAGCCGUGCACAAGAAACCCAUCGAGUUGCAGGAAACGGUGGCGGAAUGCAAUCUACGCCUGCAAGAGAGAAAGACACUUUUGAUCACGAUGUUUCGGCCGUGCACAAGAAACCCAUCGAGUAGCAGGAACGGUGGAUAAGAAAAUGCGUCUGAGACUGGGAUGGAUAUCAGGAAUUUGAUGUUGCGAUUAUCUUAUAGAUUUUCCAGGUGAAGCACAUAGCGCUGCGUAUAUGUUCCUCGUCGCUCGGGCGUGCGGGCCAGGUUUCUUCUCUACCUACGGAUACGAUGUAUGUACUUCGUAACAAUCGUACGUCCGCUUCAAUACGGGUCACCCUCGGAGUUAGUUGCGAGUUCUAUGCUUGAUUCUUGGUGAGGUUAUUUCGUUAAGAUGCAUUUCGAGUUAAUUCUUAGUCUCAUUUUCAUUUACGCAAUAAACAUCAUCAUCACGAUCAUUAGGCGUGGCAGACUGUCACUUGAGCUCCUUACUGGAGUCUAUAUUUCCUUUUUAUCUUAAAUGGUACACGUUAAGCAAUAAAUUCUAAUAUAGAGCUCAUGUUGAAUUGUAUUACCAUAA